UAAUAGAGGUUCAAUGUUAAAUCAAGUUCAAAUUGCAGUAAAUGCACGAGAAGCCUCCAAUAAACUUCAGUAUGUAACAGCAUCUGAUAGAAGCUUCGCACUUAAUAAAAUCAAGACUGUUCUUGAGGAGAAAAAGAGAGACAUUUUUAAAGCGAAUGAACAAGACAAAGAGAAUGCCGAUAAACUAGUAAAGGCCGGUACACUUUCUGCAUCCUUAUUCAAGCGAUUGGACUUAGAAAAUGGUGAUAAAUUUGCCACCAUGCUUCAAGGAAUUUCAGAUAUUGAUUAUUUACCAGAUCCAACUGAACAAAUCACGUAUUCAAGUAAACUUGAUGAAGGAUUGGAAUUAUAUCGGGUUACUUGUCCAGUUGGAGUCUUACUGGUAAUAUUUGAAGCAAGACCCGAAGUAGUUGUAAAUAUAACAGCGUUGGCUAUAAAAUCAGGCAAUGCGGUGAUCUUAAAGGGAGGAAAAGAAUCUGUCCUUACGUUGACUGCCCUAUCUUCUGCUAUUCAGUCCGCUUUAAAUGAUACUGCAAUUCCACCAAAUGCCGUUCAACUUGUUGAAACGCGGGAGGAUAUUGAAGCUUUGCUAGAUCUGGAUAAAUACAUUGAUUUGGUGAUUCCGCGAGGAAGUAAUAGUCUGCUCAUCAAUUGGUUCAUAAAAUUAACGGACGGUCGUUGUAAUUCUAGAAUACCAGUAUUAGGACACGCUAAUGGAUUAUGUACUGUAUAUGUUGACAAAGAUUCUGAUCUCGAUAAAGCAAUCCGUGUAGUCCUCGACUCGAAAAUUAAUUAUCCUGCUGCUUGCAACGCUGCUGAAACUCUUCUUAUUCAUCGCUCGGUCCUCUCUUCGCAUCUUUUGCCAAUUAUUACCGCUUUACAAAAUAACAAAGUUUUACUGCAUCUAGAUCAAGAAUCAUUAUCUCAACUUCCAUCAUCUUAUGAUAAUUCUGGGAUUCAACUGUGUGUUCCUCAAGACUUUGACACUGAGUUUUUGGAUCUUGAGAUGGCUGUAAAAGUGGUUAAUGAUGUGGAAGAAGCAAUACAACAUAUAAAUUCACAUGGUAGUAAACAUACGGACGCAAUUAUAACAGAAAAUGAGCAAAUUGCCAAAAGGUUUAUGCAGGGUGUUGAUGCAGCAGGUGUAUAUUGGAAUGCGAGCACUAGAUUUGCAGAUGGAUAUCGGUAUGGUUUUGGCGCCGAAGUUGGGGUAAGUACAAAUAAAACUCAUGCGCGUGGUCCUGUUGGUCUCGAAGGGCUAUUGAUUUAUAAAUAUAAGCUUUGUGGAAACGGACACGUAGUGGGUGAAUUUGGUGAGGGAAAGAAGAAAUAUUUGCAUGAGAAGAUUACGUUUUUUCGGGACUUGAAAUAUGAUAAUUGA